AUGGUUAAAAAUUCCUCUUCCUCUACGAUCGGGGGCGGCAAACGUCCCCGGACCGAAGUAUCUGAAACAAGAAUGUCUACCAACUUCAUAGCAAAAUACAUCGUGCUUUCAGCAACAGGAAAUGACAAAGAAAAGAUAGUGCCCCUGGGUAAGAUGUCGCCGUUCUUCAUGGAGAAGGCGGUGGCAUCUCUGUCUAGACAUAUACCUGAGAUCAAGCGCAUGCGAUCUGGCGACUUGUUAAUAAAGUGCACUUCUGAAACAGACUGUGAGGCCAUUCUGAACACAAAUGAAAUGUUGGGAAAAAGAAUAUCAGCUUCCUUACACAAGACACUGAACACCAGCCGAGGCGUCAUCGCCCUAUCUGAACUCAUCGACGUGCCCGUUGAGGAAAUUCUUCUAAACCUGAAAGACCAGGACGUCAUAGAUGUACGAAAAAUAAAAAUAAGAAAGAACAAUGAGUACAUUACAACCCGCAAUAUUAUUCUUACCUUUGAUCGCCCGACUCUGCCUCAAAAGUUAAAAGUAGGAUAUCUGUCAGCAGAAGUUCGCCCAUACAUCCCAAAUCCGUUGCGCUGCUUCCGUUGUAACAGAUUCGGUCAUGCUGCCGACUCGUGCCGUGGCUCCGCCUGUUGCGCACGGUGUGGGAAGCCUGACCACGAAACAAAAGAAUGCAAAGGGCCAGACUGUUGUGUCAACUGCUCUUCUAACCACCCAUCCUACUCGAGAUCCUGUGCAAAAUGGAAAUAUGAAAAGGAAGUCCUACAUGUUAAAGUCACGCAGAACCUCACUUACCCAGAAGCCAGGAAAAAAGUAGCUCCCAUCUUUUUCGAGAAAUCUUUUGCCACAGCUGUAAAACAGAAAGUAAAACUAGUCACACAGUACACCCAGACCGAGCAGUCAAUAUUCACCCAGACCAACGCAAGUCAGAUCCAAGGAGGUGCAGAUCCACCUCCAACUCCUGAAAUUCCUGUGGCGUCGCUAACACCGGCGCCACUCCUGUCCUCACAGUCCACGGAGGUUACAUCCAUGGAUUGCGAGGAUGAGACGAGCUCUGAGCGCUCCUUUGCGAGCACGAGCUCCCAAGUCCUCCAAAAGAAUAAGGCUAGUCUGUCGGGGAGUGGGUCACUGCCUGACAUAUCUGACAAGGAGCUUGCGGCCGCGCGGAAAAAGCCCACGAGGCCACGGGUCACACCCCCAACAAAAGAUAGGUAA